AGGUGACAGGAGGUGGGCAAAGUGAUGUUUGACUGUCACUGAAAUGAUGAAGCUCUCAGUGCUGUUGCUGCCGGCCCUGCUGGCUAUGUCCUCAGCUAGUCUGCAAGACAUCGUGAAGAAGAGCUCACAGAUCGGAGAAGUUCCAAUUCUGAACCCAGAUCUAGAGAACAGGAUUCCUCAAAUCACCACCAACGGAUCUUUGUUGGCUCUUCCGCCCCCUGCUGAAUUUGAGAACAGACUGGGUCAAUCUUCCUCCUUCGUGUUUGGUAACUCCAACCUGAAAUGGCAGACCACGUCUGGCUCUCUCCCGUCUGGUGCCGUUUCAAUUUACAAUGGAUAUGCCAGUCGCUACGACUAUGUCUGCAAAUACAGGUGCUCAUCUGGCUUCUACAACCCCAACAUGGGUCAUUACUGCCACUACCCCUUGUCAGGGAAAGAGCAUCGUGCCAGCUCAUUUGAGUUCCUGGUAAACAAAGACAACUUUGAAUUUUUAGAAUGGAAGGAUGGCUCCUGGGGUUCAGUGCCUCAGAAUGCAGUCUACACAUGCGGAGACACAUAUGUUGGGAAGAACAAAUAUGGCCUUGGGAAGGUGCAUGUUAAACACAAGGCCUUCUUCCUUCCCUGGAACGGUGAUGAGUAUUGGUACAAGAGCUACCAGGUCCUGACCCUCAACAAAGAAAUAAACAGCGAGCACAUGUCCAAUGUCAAUUACAACACUAAUGUUAAAGUCUUCCAGUAUCCUCCAGAGACCAUGACCAAGUCCAUCAUAACCAACAAUGAGUGCAGCCCAGUUGUGAAAAGAGUUGAGCUCUCAAAAACCAACAUGGAGGAGAAAAGGUGGGACACCAGCACUUCCAUCAUGAGUGGAGUCAGUAGUAGCAUCACCGCCCAAAUCCCAUUCAUCCUAAUGAGUAUUACGCUCAGUGUUGAAACAACAAAGCAAUUCUCCAGUGGAACCACUGUGGUGGAGUCGAAAACCUACUCUGUCUCUGUGGAGCAAACUGUCCCACCAAACCACUCCUGCAGUGUCAGUAUGGUGGGAUAUAAGUAUAAGGCAGACAUCCCCUACACAGCUCGCCUCAGCCGCACCUACAGAAAUGGGCAGACAACAUGGGCGUACAUCACUGGGACCUACAAGGGCGUCAACGUUGGAGAAGUCCACUCUGUUGUGGAUCGCUGUCAACCUCUACCCAAUUCCAAGCCUUGUCCCUGAAAGAAAAUUUUUUAUCUUAAGAUUUGUGACAUAAUCAAUGUUAACUAUUGGUGAAAAUUAUAAGUGUACUAUACUAACUCUAGUAAUAAUUGUCUGGGCAACAGGAUAGGUUUUAGGAGUGGUGAAGGAAGAGUCAAGAAAGUUUCCCUGAGAUGACAAAUCCAAUGAUUUCAGCAGAACACUGAAAAAUUACUAACUUUUCACCACAGAGAGCAGAGAACAUAAUAUGUUAAAGGGCUUUUUCAUGUUGAGCUUUAUAUUUUUCUCUGUUAAGUCCCAGUCAGUAAUUUUUGGAACGUGCUGUAUAUGUUGCAGUUAUAGUAAAAAUACAACGAUGAUGAGUUUUUGUUUGUUUUAUUACAAAUGAAUGUAGGCUUGCAAUAAAAUGAUUUAUAUGUGUAAGGAAUUGUAUUGUUACCUCUAUUUAAUAAUAAGAGGAAGUUAAGCCAUAGAGCUUUUAUUGUGAAGGGGAAAACAGAAGUGGUGAAAUGUUGUGAUAAGUUUCCAUUGAUUGUAUUUUUGAUUAAUAAAAGAGAAGACAUGCAGUGCCAUCUUGGUUCAGACAUUAAAGCUUGUGUUUUCAUUUUAUAGUUUCAUAGUAUAGUAUAUAGGUCACAUACAAA